AUGUUAGUCUCAUGGAACAUAAGGGGACUCAAUAAAGUAGGCAAAAUGCGUGAGAUUAAGUCCAGUCUCCAAGAACUUAAGCCUGCAAUAAUCAUUUUGAUUGAAACAAGAGUCAAAGAACCAAAAGCAAAGGCCAUUCGAGAAAAAUUGUUGUUGUAUGAUAAUCACAUGGACAACUACAAAGACCACACAAAUGGGAGGAUAUGGAUUCAUUGGGACAGAAACAGGGUGGAUAUGAGAUUUCUACAAAGUACCAGCCAAUUUAUCCACUGUGGUGUAUAUGAUAACAGUGGAACACUCAAACACUGGUUGACUGCUGUUUAUGCACAUAACCAGUUACACAGAAGAAGAAUCCUAUGGAGAGAAAUUGAACACAUGUCUAGUCACAUCCAAGGUCCUUGGUGUAUCAUUGGUGAUUACAAUAAUGUAAUCAAAGCCCAAGACAGAAUCGGAGGUAACCUGGUAACUGAAAAGGAAUAUGAGGAUCUGAAAAGAAUGAUGGAGAAUACUGGUUUAAGUGAGAUGGAUAGCAUUAGGGACCAUUUCACAUGGUCCAAUAAGCAAGCAGUUGCACCCAUCUACUCAAGGAUUGACAGAAUUUUGGGUAAUACUGAAUGGUUCCUCACCAAUAUGGAAACUGUGUUGAAAAUACUUCCACCAAAUAUUUCUGAUCAUGCAUUGCUUUACUUAGACACAAAGGAACAGAGGAAAACUGCUAAACAUUUUAAGUUUAACAAUUACCUUACUGAACUGCCUGGUUAUGAUGCACUAAUCAAGAGGAACUGGGAUGUGUAUAUGAGAGGUAGUCCAAUGUAUGUAUUAUGGCAAAAAUUCAAAAGAUUGCAACAUGAACUAAAAACCUUUAGCAAGCCUUUUUCUGAUGUCAAAAACAAACUAACAGCAGCCAGAGACAACCUCAAAAACUUACAAAAGCAGCUGAUUAGGGAUAAGAUGAAUACCACCGUAAUUGGAAAUGCAAUAAAUCUGACUGAGGAAGUGGUAGCACUAAACAAGAUUGAAUGGAAAAUAUUACAACAAAGGGAAAAAAUCGACUGGAUUAGGAAAGGAGAUGGAAAUAAUCACUACUUAUAUGUUGCUGUCAAAACUAAACACCAUUCCAACUGCCUUACCAAUCUGCGAAAGAGUGAUGACAGGAAACUAUCAGACCAAAAUGACAUUGAAGAGGAAGUGAUGGAAUUCUACAAAAAUCUGAUGGGCAAAGAGGAUAACAAUAUUAACCAUAUAGAUAUUGAGGCAAUGAGAAUGGAAAAACAACUCAACAUGGAGCAGAGGGAAUACCUCACCAGAAAUAUCAUAGAGGAUGAUAUCAUCAAAGCCCUUAGAGGAAUUGGAGACCUCAAAGCACCAGGCCUGGAUGGUUAUGGAGCCAAAUUCUUCAAGGCCAGUUGA